AUGACGACUUUGUACUCAAAGGCCCCUGCAAGGUUAAGCAUCGAAACUCCCUUUCCUCUGAUUCCUCAACAGGUUCUGAAGCUCAAUAAGGGCCAGAAUUCAAAUAGGGAAAGAAUAAUAGAAGAAAAUCGUGCCCAUUGUGGUCUCCUCCUUCAUGCUGCCAUAAAAGGUGAUUGGCCGGCUGCUAAGGCUUUCCUUGAGAAAUACCCACAUUGUGUUCGGGCUAAUGUAUCAAAAGAGGAAGGGACGGCACUUCACGAAGCCGUGGUUGCACAACAAACCACUUUUAUAAAAGAAUUGUUGAAACUGAUGACUCCGGAAGACUUGGAAUUGAGAACCAAAGAAGGAGCUACUGCCCUUCACUUUGCAGCUCAAUCAGGAAUAGUGAAAAUUGCUGAGUACCUGGUGAAAAUCAACAAUAAACCGCUAUUGAUUGAUGAUUGCGAUGAAAGGACACCACUUCAAUAUGCAGUUGAGCUAGGACGCCAUAGAAACAUGGUCUCGUAUAUAUUCUCUGUGACUCCUCUUAAACAGUUGACUGCUCAUCAACGCUCGAACUCCUUCUUUACACUGCUUCCUCUGAUUUUUAUGAUUCUUUUCUCAACCAUAGGGUUCAGAGGGAUAUGCAACAAAGCUUCGAUGAAGGCAUUAGCCCAUCAAUUAGUUGAAGAUCUUUGGCAAAUGCUUAGAGUUCGAGACAAACAGUUCUCAUCAAACUUGCUUCACUAUCAUAUGACUCUAAUUUUUGAAGCUGCAAAAGUUGGAAAUGUUGAAUUUCUAAUUAUACUUACACGCUCCUAUCCUGACCUUCUAUGGCAAAAAGAUGAAAAAAACAUGACUUUAUUUCACAUUGCUAUUGUAUAUCGGCAAGAGAGUGUGUUCAAUCUAAUAUAUGAGAUAGGUACUAAGAAGGAUACCAUUGGAUCUUUUCUUACUUUAGAAACCUAUGAGAACAUGUUGCAUUUAGCUGGACAAUUGCCUAGUUCAGAUCGACUAAGUAUCGUAUCAGGAGCGGCCCUUCAAAUGCAACGGGAGUUGUUGUGGUUUAAGGAGAUAGAAAAGAUUGUACUGCCAUCAUACAUGAACGACAUGAAUUCAGAUGGCAAAACACCUAAAGAGAUAUUUAUAAAGACACAUACAGAAAUGCAGAAAGACGGAGAAAGGUGGAUGAAGGACACAUCAAACUAUUGCAUGCUCGUGGCAACAUUAAUUGCCAUUGUGAUUUUUGCUACAGCCUUCACUAUACCAGGUGGCAACAAUCAAGAAACAGAAGAGGAUUUCUUUAAGUCAUUACCUUCAAAGUUGGUGUUUGGACUUGCCACACUCUUCAUCUCCAUGACAGGAAUGAUGGUAGCCUUCAGCGCAACUUCCUUUUUGAUGUAUAGCAGCACAUAA